AUGAUGGAACCUAAAGCCAAGUACGAUCGUCAACUCAUGUAUACUAUUCAAGGGACUUUGGAAGAAGCGAGUAUCUGUUUACUCAAUUGUGGUCCUAUUGGUUCCAAUGCCUUGAAGAAUCUCGUCCUUGGUGGUGUUGGUAGUAUCACCAUCGUUGAAGGAUCCAAGGUUCUAAUUGGAGACAUUUGGAAACAAUUUCAUAGGUACUAAGUAAUGACUAGUUUUUGAUUUUUUUUGUUGCUAUUUUUAGAUGCUAUUUGUGUAGUUAAAUAGUUAUGACAUCUCUUUUUCGUCGUUGUUUGGUUAUAGCUGGUGGAAGAUUCAAUGGUGAACCUAGAUAUUAACGAUGGAGUAGACUGAACAGUUUGUGUUUGGUGAUAACACAGAAUUACAAAACUUGUGGAAUAACCAUUUAUUACGGUCAAAGUCUCUUGUCUUCAAAGGCAUGCAAUAGAACAGAAGUUCUCCAUAAGCGAAGGUUUCAGAGACGAGAACAACACUGUGUUUCAGAGACGAGAACAACACAGUGUGUUUCAGAGACAACUAGAACAGAACAGGAUUGCGGGCCAGACCGUUAGACCAAUGGACAUUGCGAGGCGAAUAUGGGCUUCGAUUGGUCGCAUGUGGUCGUUGGCGGACCGGACCACCACUUAUGGAAAAGAAGCACGGGCCAUCACGGACCCCCCAUUUGGUCGCGUGCUCGCCCGUCUGACAUCCCUAGUUGAUCGUCAUCUAGAUUUUAGACGUUUAUGUGAUAUCUAAAUAACCGUUUUGGCUGUCUAAAAUUCCAUAAGU